UGACAGCUUCGUUCGUUGUUUACCUGCAACGUGUGCGCGUCAAGUUUUACGGAUUUGCUCCGGAUUCUUGCAACGAAAAAGCAAAGAUUUCGUCAUGAACCAGCUCGACAAGAAGGAACCGGUGCAGGCGAUCCUGAUCGCGGACAGCUUCAACGACUGCUUCGUCCCGUUCAGCGAUCGGAAGCCGCUGUCGCUCCUGCCGCUGGUCAAUGUUCCCCUGGUGGACUACGCCCUGGAGUCGUUGAACCGGUCCGGCGUGGAGGAGGUGAUCGUGUUCUGUUCGGCCCACGUGGAUCAGGUCCGUGGGUAUAUUCGCUCGCAGCAGCAGAACCCCUCGUGCAGCUGGAACGUCGGCAUGACCGUGUCGAUCGUGAGCUCCGAGGGUUGUCGCUGCAUGGGCGAUGCCCUGCGGGACCUGGACGCGAAGGGGCUGGUCCGGGGAAACUUUAUCCUGACCGGAGUGGACACGCUGACGAAUGCGAACCUGGCCGCGAUUCUGGAUGAGCACAAACGGAUCGCCAAGACGGACAAGGGAGCGGCCAUGACGGUGGUCUACAAGGAGGGCGUUCCGGACCAGCGAACGGGGAAUGAGGUGAUGAUUGCCAUGGAGAAAAACACCCGCCGGCUGUUGUUCCAUCAGCGACUGAAUCCGAAGCAUAAAGAGCGCAAGUUUACCUUCCCGAUGGAGAUCAUCUUGGAAAACAAGGAAGUGACCAUGUGGCACGGGUUGAUUGAUCCGCAGAUUGCGAUCUGCAGCAACACGGCCCUGCCGCUGUUUUCGGACAACUUUGAUUUCCUCACGCGGGACGACUUUGUGCGUGGGUUGCUGAUCAACGAGGAAAUUCUGGCCAGCACAAUCUAUGUGGCUCCGCUUCCGGCGGAAGAGUACGCCCUGCGGGUCAACAAUUGGCACAACUACCAGAUCGCUAGCAGGGACGUGACCAAUCGGUUCGUGUACCCGCUGGUUCCGGACAUGGGCAUCUGUGGCAGUGAGCAGCUGUACUCGUUCAGCCGGAACAACAUCUACCGCCAUCGCAACAUCCGUCUGGCCAGGAGGGCAACGCUCGAGUCGGACGUGGUCAUCGGUGAAAAGUGCGAAAUCGACGAAGACACGGUGGUCGCCCACUCCGUACUCGGAAAGGGCUGCAAGAUCGGCAAGAACUGCCAGCUUCGGAACUGCUUCCUGCUGGACGGCGUCCAGGUCGAGGACAACUGCGUGCUGAACCACUGUAUCAUUGCGGAAAACGUCAUUCUUGGCCCCGGAUGCAACCUCACCGAAGGUUGCGUACUCGGACCGGAAGUGGUUCUCCCGAAGGGAAUGACCCUCGCCAAAAUGACCCUCCAAUCAACAAAACCCGACGAUGACUGGUCCGACGCGAAGCCAAUCGCCGAACACGCGUUCACCGUCCCAGACGAAACGGAAGGCGAUGCCGACGAGGAACCGGAUUCCGACGCGGAAGACAUCCAAGACGUCGCCACCGGUUAUCCGAUGCGCCUCGGCGAACUACCCCGCACAAGCCCAGAAUCCAUCUACAGUAUGUCCUCAGAAGAGGACGAAUCCCGAGCUGCCUCCCCGAUCCAAGACGACGCCAACAUCUUCCUGUCCGAGGUGCUGGAAUCCCUCAAGCGUGGCUUCUCGGAAAAGUCCAACCCGGAAUACCUCAUCCUGGAGAUCAACUCAUCCCGCUACGCGUACAACAUGGCCCUGUCCGAGGUCAACUUCUUCGUGGUCAAAGCAAUUCUUCAGCUGACCCUCGCCCAGGAAGGCGCAGCGACCGCCCUCGUGAGCACCCUCGCCAAACUUCUCGGCUACUUCGGGCCGGUCUUCAAGAACUACAUCCGCGGCCAGCCGGCCAUGCUGGACUGCCUGAAGGCGCUGGAGGAGGUCGCCGGUGAGGAACCGGCGACGGUCGGGGCGAAGAUUGCCGCCGUCGUGCACUUUUUGUACGAGAAGGACUACGUCGCGGAGGAGGCGAUUCUGGAGUGGCACGGCGGGAUUGAAGAGGAGGACAUCCGGAAGGCGCUGGCCAAGCUGGUCGAGUGGUUGAACCAGUCCAGUGAGGAGGAGGAGGAGAGUGAUGAUGAAUAAAUGGUUUUAGUUCGCUUGUUCCGAAAAACAAA